AUGUCCGGGCAGGACGGGAGCACGGAGAAAUUAUCCAACACCAUCGGCGGCGUCUUUGCCGAGGCGGACAAGCACAAAACAACGUGGGUGCGGACCAGCAAGACGGUCAUUGCCAAGCUCGCGGCGCCGCUGCUGCCCCGGAUGGGCCUGACGGCGGACCGCACGGCGCCGGUGACGCUGCUGGACAAUGCGGCCGGCGCGGGCGUCAUGGCGCAGGAGGUGAACAAGGUGCUGCCGCGGACGACGCUGCAGGCCGGGUCGAUUCUGGCGACGGAUAUGGCAGGGUCGCUGGUGAGGAUCAUGCAGGAGCGCAUCAAGACGGAAGGCUGGAUCAACACGGAAGCUCGUGUCGUCGACGCGCAGGAUACAAAGUUGCCGGAUAAUACGUAUAGUCACGUUUCGAUACUGCUGGGCCUGCACAUUAUUCCCGACCCAGAUGCUGCUGUCAAAGAGGCGAUUCGCGUCCUCCAGCCGGGCGGCAUCUUUGGCGCCACCACCAUCCCCCCCCACAACCAAAACAACAAAUUCUGGUUCGCCGACGUCGAGACGGCCUUUGCCGCCAUGCCCUUUGACGCGCCGUACCCGUCGCCCAUGCCCACGCAGAUGCACGCGUCGGGCGCCUGGUACGACGCGGCGUGGGUGGCGACGCACCUGCAAGCGCUCGGCCUGCGCGACGUGCGCGUCGCGGUGCAGGGCGACGCGUACUAUAUAAAGGAUGCGGACGAGUUUCUCGACAUGUUUGGCAUGAUGCUGGGGUUUGUGAUGAAGAUGUUUUGGAGCGAGGCGCAGCGGGCGGCGCAUCCGGUGGAGGAGGUGAGGGAGCUGCUGAGGGAGCAUCUGGUGGAAAAGUAUGGAGGCAAAGGGUGGGAGGUGAAGUGGGAUGUGUUGUACAUGACGGGAAGGGCGGACAAGUAG